UUCGAACGAAAGUUACGCGAUCAAACGAAAUUAGUUUUGGAAAGUAAAGCCAAAUAAAUAUUGGCAAAAACUACGAAUAGUUGGCAAAUAAGAAAAGUUUAAAUAUUUAUAAAAUAUAUAUUUAUAAAAUAUUUAAACUAAUAUACAUGAAAAAAAACAAUAUAAUAUAAUAGUUUAAAAAAGUAUUUUAUAUUGAACCCAAAAACGUUUGGAAAAUGGGCUGGUGCGAAUUUUUCAUCAAAUGGCUACUCUACUUUUUCAAUCUGCUCGCAGUGAUAGUUGGCAUACUGCUCAUCAUACUUGGCAGUCUUGUUUUGGAUGGCAUGGGUGAUCUAAAAUCGGACAAUAGUGUCCAAUAUGUCAACGCCGUACCGAUUAUUGUUAUAGUGCUGGGUGGUGUCAUAUUCAUCGUGUCAUUCUUUGGCUGCUGCGGCGCAAUUAAGGAGAUCAAUUGGUGUAUACUAUUGUACUCGCUAUUUAUGUUCAUACUGAUGUGUCUGCAGAUAGCACUUGUCGUUUGGGCUUUCUUGGAGAAGCAAGAUUUCCUCAACUCUAUGAAUACGAUUGUUCAUAAUGCAUUUGAGAAUAGAAAUUACGACGCUGAUAACCCUAUGAAUAUACUACAGAUUACCUUCAGCUGCUGUGGCUACAAUAAUUACACGGAUUAUGGCAGCAACGCCGUGCCACCGUCUUGCUGCGGUUUUGUAGACACGAAUGCGCCAUGUCCAGCGGCCAUAUAUACCACCAAACAGGGUUGCCAAUCUGUGUUUUAUAAUUUCUGGUAUGAUAAUAUAGGUUAUGUGCGUAUUGGUGGCAUUGUGGUGAUCGUCAUUGAGUUCUUGGCCUUGGUAUCUGGUUGUGGUUUGGCGGGAUGCAUACGCAAUUCGAAGCGCAGGAAUAUCGCUUAAAGAAAGGACGGCUGUUUUAAACAAAUAUGUUUUUUAAACGUUUCUUUGCAUAAAAAAAUAAACUUUGAAUUAGAGUAAAGAAUAA